UCAAUACUGCACAAAUGUUUGUUUAUAUACAUACAUUCCUGUGCAGUGAGAGUCGUGUGUUAUUGACAGUGCAAAAAUGAAUAAAUUAUAUUUCGCAUUAAUUUUAAUUAUAUCAGUCGUAAAAGCUGAUGUAAUCGAAGUACAAGCUAGAAAGAAAGGAGCAACUCUAAAACCAAUAUCGGCUUGCUGUGAUAUACCAGAACUUGGCUCUCCAAAACCACUGACUGAGUGUUCCAAUCCAAAGUUACCAGGCCCUUGCCGUGACGUACAGUGUGUAUUCGAAAAGUCUGGAUUUUUAACCGAUCAGAACAAACUUAACAAGGAAGUUUAUAAAAACCAUUUACUACAAUGGGCUGAUAAACACAAAGAUUGGUCGAGUGCUGUGAACAAGGCUAUAGAGGAUUGUGUCGAUAAAGAUAUUAGGCAGUACCUAGACGAGCCCUGCAAGGCGUACGAUGUAUUUACUUGUACAGGAAUUGCAAUGCUAAAGAAAUGCCCUAAAGCAGCGUGGAAGUGUUAGAAUUUGAGAAACUAACUUCAACUAAUAAAACUGCACAAAAUAAAUAAAUUUAAGAA